AUGCUUUUACCUAAAAACGCCAUUUAAUCAGCACGUUACUUUGAAAUUUAAAAGAUACCUGCUAAGAUUGCUAAGACUGCAAACGAAAAAAUUUUGAGUGUUGGUGUUGCUUAGAAGAACAAUAUCUAACCUAAGACUGUUACAGCUCAAGGUUAAAUUGGCUUCGUUCAACAUCCUCAACUUGAUAGCAGCUGCUAAUAUACUCAAUUCUACACUCCUUAACGUCGUGAUAUCCGUGGAAGAGUUGCAAGAAUCUAUAUUUAAGAUACUAACCAUAUGCAUGACACUCCUUAAAUUCCUGAGGGAUACAAGUGGACUCUUGAAUUUGAAAGACAAGCCUAAUAUAAGACUCCUUGGAUGGGAUGGUCUUUUAAUGGUGAUACUUUCUCUAAAAGAAACCACUAUUUCUGUACCUUGGAAGAUGCUAUUUCUUACUGCAAACAAAUGGGUUUCGGUUAUGAAGUCUCAUUCCCUCGUUCUCGUUAUCACACUAGAAAGAGUUAUGCUGAUAAUAUGCUCUGGCCUGGUCAUGACAAUGCUGUUGAUGAAGACUGUUGA